UUUCUCCUUCUCUCUGUAGGUCGAAUUGUAUUUGAGAGAGAGAGAGAUGGAGAGAGAGAGGAAGGAAAACGAUGGAGGAGGCAUGGAUCGAUCGCCUGCCGCAGGAUGUCCUCCAGAGAGUGAUCCCCCUCGAGACGCCGCGGGACGCAUGCCGCGCCGCCGCCGUCUCCCCGGCCUUCCGCGCCAUCGCCGACUCCGACGUCGUCUGGGGCAAGUUCCAGCCAGACGAUUCGUCCCUGCAGCUCGCCGACGGUGAGCUCUUUCCGCCGCCGCGUUCCAAGAAGGAGCGCUUCCUCGCCUCUCCGCCGGCCUACUCCUCCUUCCAGAUAGGCUCAGGGGCAUGUGGUUGGACAGGGGGACCGGGGCCAGGUGCUAUAUGCUCUCGGCCAGAGCGCUGGUGAUUAUCACUGGUGGAGAAACCCUUUGUAGUCCCGGUUCGUAACCCCCCUUUAGUCCCGGUUUCCAAACCGGGAGUACCAAUCCGGGACUAAAGAUCGCUAUCUUUAGUCCCGGGUGAAAUAACCGGGAGUAAAGAUCGAUCUUUAGUCCCGGUUGGUAACACCAACCGGG